AUGUAAUGUCUUUUUAUUUAUACUAGUAUAUCCUAUACUUUCUUUUAUCAUGGAAUAUUGGGCUAUCUAAUUUGUAAUGCUCAGCAUUAUCCAAUUGACAGCCUUGUUCCGAAAUCCACAACUUAGAAGUUUUUCCAUUGUUUUUUCCCUGUCCACAUCAACAUGUUUUGAAUCAUACACCAUCAUUUAACUUUGGCCUUGGAAUAAUGGUUUGUUUGGUCGGCUUGAUCUGAAAUAGUUUCAGAUUUACCAGCUCAUAUGAUCUACCAAUAUGGAUCCAUCAAAAGAUGGCUGUAGCCACUUUAUGACAUCAUACGCAAUUUAUCACCAAGAUUGUAUUAACAUCAAUUUCAUCAGCCAUGUCCAAUGCAUGGUUCCUCCAAGGCCUGCGAGCCUCACUUAACCAAGUGAAUAAUGUUCACUGGGUGCCAGAAGUUGGGAAAGUUUGUGACAUAUGUGGUGUAUGUGGAUUUGAGGAUCUCAUAGCUACUUGUAUUAAAUGCCGCACAUCUUCUGAGCACAUUUACUGCUUACCAAUCACAGUGAAGGAGGUACCGAGUGAGUGGACUUGUGAAGAGUGCCAAUGCGGCAACAACAUUGUUUCACCAACAUCUAGAGAGAUGACCCAUCAAAACACUAUACAUUCUGCAGGUUAUGGCAAGGUUUCUGACAAUUCAAGGAGGCAAGGUUGGUUUAAGAGGCAGAAAACUGUUGAAACUGCCAAAGUUAAGUUUCUUUCUACUGAAGAGGCCAUCAUGCUAAAUUCAGGCGCCAGAAGAAUGGGUUCCUCUUCCCACUGUAAUAUGGACUCGAGGUUUGAUUCAUUGAGACACAGAAAAUCAACCAAGAGAACUCCAGUUGGGUUUACAAUUGCCUCUCCAGAGUUCCCUUUGAUGAAAUUGAAAGAAAAUCAUGGUAUGCAACCUUCUGGAAAUUCAAAGCUUCCUCGACACGGUAAUAUGCAGACCAGUUUAAUAAUCAAGCAACGAGCCCCUCAAAUAUCAAAAGAAUUGGAUGGGAAAAAGGCUUUUGCAGCUCCUGCAAAGGAAUAUGUUUGCAGGGAAGAAUCAAUAGAUGUCUGUACCCAUGCUAGAGAAGUUGAAACUUCCAAUACAAGGGCAGAGAAGGCAAUAAAUAAAGCAUCUCCAUUGUUGCCAUCUAUGCAUGUUUCAGGUGGUAAAUGUCAUUCUGAUGCCGAGCCUAUGGAUUCUGAUAAAGGAAGGGUUCCACCAAUUAUUCCACCUGAACUGGACAACAUUCCUUUGAAAUGUGCUGCUAUAGAUGCUGUUUGGAAGGGAAGCUUCAAAUUUGUUGAUACUGUUACACCAAAUGAAUCAUAUGUAGGAUUUCAGGCUCAUCCUCCAUAUAUUGUACAUAGGAAAGCCUAUGAAUUUUCUAAGCAGAUGCCUACAGUCCUUCAGUUUGAGAGGCUUCAUCGGUGUAGUCUUUGGGCAGAGUUAUUCCAGGAUGAUUCUCCUGAUGGAGAUGAUAUUGCCUUGUACUUUUUCCCUGGCAGAUUUGGGAGGUCCAGACGAGAUUAUGUACACCUUCUUGAACUCUUGGAAACACAGGAUUUGGCAAUGAGAAGUCAUAUAGAUGGUGUAGAGUUGCUGUUAUUUACAUCUAAACAAAUGCACAGAGACUUUCAGAGAAUAGACACGCAAUACUAUCUAUGGGGAGUAUUCCGUUGUGUAAAAACUAAGGAAACUGUUAUCAAAGAAGGCAUGAACAUUCCUCUGUCGGUUCCUCCUUCAGAACAUCCUGGUGAUGAUCAUUCUAAUAAAGAUGACAGUGAAGUUGUGGAUAUGGAAAUUGACAUGGUAGGUGGAAAGAAUGUGGGAAGAGUUGAUGAAGCUGUUGGGAAGGUUAAAAAAGAACAAUGCAACAACUGUGACUCGUUUCCAGGGUUCACUGAGAAAGUUGAAAACAGGUUGGCCUCUGCAGAACCUAUGGGGAGACCAUGUACAGAUGUGGAAGGACCUCCAGGUCUUGAGGAAGUUCUUAGCCUUAAAGUAAGGGGCAAUCCAUGCAAACCCACGUUUAGGAAGGAAAACCCGCGUCUCAAUGGUGAAAAAGCUACUAUAAAAAAGGAGGAUACAAGUACUGAGAAGUUUCCAGUAGGAGACAUGGUAUCCCAUAGUUUGCAAUUCCAGACAGGAUUAUGGAAACAGUUUAAGGUGCCUGCUCGUCAGCUGCCCGCGUAUCCAAUGGACGAUAAUCCUCUCCGUUUUUCAGAAAUGGACAAAAAAUAUCGCUCAACAGGGAAAGAAAGAAAACUAGAAACAACCAGUGAGAGAAGGUGCCCUGAAGUAGAUGAGAGGAAGAAAGGAUUUCCCACUACUUCCUCUAAAAGACCUUAGAGCCUGCAAAUAUUUCAAUUUUUUUUUCCCUAUAGAAACCAGAUUUGAAGUUAAGAAAGUUCAGAGUGAAUCUACUGUAUAUCAGUCAUUUACCAGACACCAUUAGAGAAGAUGUUCAGGGAUAGAAAUAUGUGUUGACAGUGCUGUACAGCUGAAGCUUUGAAUUACAUGGGCAAAGUAUACCAAAAAUUAUAACACAGGUACAGAUAUGGGUUUUUUUUUUGUACUCAGGCUUAUUGAUCAACGGAUGGUUAGUAAAUAUAUGGUGUAGAGAGAUUUAUGAUGUGUACAUGAAGGAGAUGGAUCUUCCCACUGACUGUAACAACACCUGAGUUCUGGGUGUGUUGUAACUCAAAUCAUCAAGUCUAUGCAAAGCCCAUGAGGGUCUUUUGGUUUGUCA